AUGAGUGCGCCCAACAACGACUACAACGUGCAGGAGACCGCGUCGGACGCGGCCGCUUGCAAGCUCUCGGCGUCGCGUCUCGGCUACUGGGACGACCCGUUCGCGGCCAUGUUUGCCUCGCACCACCGCAAGAUGCCGAUCAUCAACCGCGGCUACUACGCCCGCGUGCGCAGCAUCGAGCUGCUCGUCGAGCGCUUCUUGGCCGCGACCGCGAACGAGGGCCAAGUGCUCGUGCUUGGCGCCGGCCAAGACACGCUGUACUAUCGCCUCAAGAAGCGCCAGCCGGCGCUGCUCACAGGUGCAACGUACGUCGAGAUGGACUUUCCACUCGUGACGCGGGCCAAGGUGCGCCUCUGUCGCCGCCACAAGGCCGUCGCCGAGAUCAUUGGGCCCGUCGAGACCAAUGAGAUCGAGCUCAAGGCCGAUGGGUAUGCGCUCGCGGCCUGCGACCUCCGCGACCUACCGGCGUUCCAGGCGAAAUGCACCUGGGCCGGCCUCGACCCCUCGCGACCGACGCUGGUGCUCUCCGAGUGCGUUCUCUGCUACAUGGAGCCGCAGCACUCGCAGCCGCUCCUUGACUGGAUUGGCUCCACGUUUGUGGACGCGGCCGUCGUCAUCUACGAGCAGAUCCGGCCCCACGACGCCUUUGGGCAAACCAUGGUCGAAAACAUUCGUCUGCGCGGCUGCGACCUCAAGUCUGUGCACGCGUUUCCCGAGCCGACCGACCAAUGCCAGCGCUUGACAGCCAGCGGCUUUACGCACGUCGAGUGCUGGGACAUGAACCGCGUCUAUUAUGACUUUUUGCCGCUGAACGAACGCAAACACAAGGAGCAUCUCGAGUUGUUUGACGAGCUCGAAGAGUACCACAUGCUGCAGGGCCACUACUGCCUCGUCGUCGCCGCCAAGAGCACCGCCGUUGUCGCGGCCUUGACGCUGCACCGCCCCGAAGCAGCCUCCGAGUAG